CUAAGGUUGUCCUAGCAACGAAAAACUUAUGGCAGCCGUUGACUUACCUUGUAUAUCGUCGACUCUUGUUUAGGAGUGAGGGCCACAAUGGCGGCCACUCUGCCGCCGAUUAAUGGGUCUGCAGGGAGCAGGAAAGGGCAGAAUGUACAACACUUCAUGCCCUCCCCUCCUAAAGGUCCACCCAGUGGAAAGAAGCUGAAACCCCUACGUAAAGUUCCUGGUUCACCCACAGACAGGGAUUUAUUUGUUAAACAUGAUAUACUCCGGCAACAACAGCCUGAUCUUUCUAAGAGGCAAACAGCCGGUUACAGGAAUUCAUACAAGCAUAAUUUGUGUUUGGACAUGCUUCAAGAAGGCUACCAUAAGUCAUUUAGUGAACUUUUUGCAUUAAUAAAACAGCAAGAGGAAGAGCGCUUUGAAAGAGGCCCAGAAUCGAUUAUGUGGUCAAUGGCUUUGUUAAAAGAUCAACAUUCAAAAUUGGACAUGUUAAAAACGCAUUUAACUAGAGCAGAGGAAGCCUACAGAAAAGGUGACUUUUCUGAAGUAUACAGAAACAGGUAUGAGUUAGCGCGGUACUUCCAGUCAAUGAAGGACGAUAAAUGGCUAGCAGAUCACUUCUUUACAACCUGUUUACAAACAAGUAUGGAGGUCAAAGGUGACAAUGGAAAAAUGAAGGCCCAAGGCCAUUACAAUGUAGGAGUGUCCUUGGAAGAGAAUGGCGACAGCUACGAGGCAGUGGAUCAUUUUGAAGCAUACUACAAAUUAGCUGUGGAUCACAAGGAGUGGAUUACAGCUGAUGAUGUAACGUUCCACACGGAUGCCUGUUUCAACCUGUGGAGAAUAUACACUGCCAUCAGCCUGAUCCUGGAGCGACAGGAGGAGUUGGAGAAGGCACUGGAUUUCCUUACCAAGGCUCUCAAAAUGGCCAAGGAAAGUAAUGACAAGACACUGGAAGGCCAAGCUUCAUACACACUGGGUCUGACACAUGAGAAGUGUGGUGAUGGCAAAUCUGCACUUGUGCAUCUGAAUAACUUCCUUGACAUAUGUAAUGAGUCAGGUGAUAGUGAGGGGAUAGGAAAGGCAUGUGAUGCUAUCUCCAAGGCCUAUGCCAGCCAAGGUAAACUGGAGGAGAGUAUUGAAUACCUGAGAAAGUUUGUGGAGGUUACAGAACAAAGCGGGGAGGAGAUAGCUUACAGUCGGGCCUGUCACAAUCUCGGAAAUAUCCUCAAUUCAUUGGGUCGUUAUGAUGAGGCUACAGAUUAUUUCAGUAAAGCUUAUAAUAUUGCCCGCACACUUUCCGACAAAGAGGCCAUCAACACGAACCGUGUCCAGUUUGGUAUUGCUAUGGCCCACAGAAUGAUGGGAGGUUUUCACGGCCAUGUGGUACUGGAACAUAGAAAUGCUCUGGAGCGCAUGAUUGAGUGGAAGAGUGCAAGGACUGAUGAUUUUGAGAAACCAUUCCCUGAACCAAAAGAAGAAGAACCACCAAAGCCUCCCACACCUGCCCCUCCCGCCCCGGUGGAGCCCGAGUCAACACAGGAGGAGGUCGACAAACCUGAGGAAAGGGAAACCACCAUGACUGAGGAUACAACCACCAUGGACAGUUGAGGCGUGGAGGUUGUCCAACCACUCCCAUCAACUGGGCCACACCCGCCACCCAGGGUAGCCGAGACGUGCAAAACAUACAAAAUACAUUGUCUACAAGGACAUUGACCUUGAGAAUUUUUUUGUAUUUUAUGUAUCACAGCCCAUUCCUAAGUUAAAUGCGUGCUUCGUUUUGAAAGCUGACCAUAUGGGAUCUGGAUGGACUGUAGUUAAAACUAAGAAGGUAUACCAUUUACCAGGUAUAUUGAGGAGUGAGAUUAUUGAAGGAAGUGGGCAGUGGGGGUCAUGAGGGAGGGAUAGUUUUCAAUCCUUUCAUAUAAAAAAUUCAAAUUGAAUUUUCUUUACAUUUUUACUUUGCUUUUCUGCCAAAAAAGCAUCACUACAUGAAAAAAGAUAGCAUUCGAUAUUAAAUACAUAUGGAAUGUAUAUUUGAAAAUUUUUUGUAUAAAUUCGAAUUUACUUUUAAGAAAACAAUAUUGAUAUGAAAAGCAUAUGAUGUGAAAAUUUAAAAAAAAAUGAUAGUUUUUCAACGGAUAAUUAAUUAGAAUGAUGUCACUGUCCGAAAAUUGUCUUAAAGAAUUUGUAUUCGUGUAAAAUAGGCAGCAUGUCGGCCAAACAAUGAUGUCUUGUUAGAUUAGCAAUACCAUUGAAUGAUAAAAUACUGCUGAAUUAUCUCCCUUGUUUUGUCCAAAACCCUUUAUCUAUAAACUAGGAAUUUCAAAAUUUAUAUUGUUUUAUCAAGAAGAUCUCAACUUUAUUUCUUUCAAACAAAUAUUUUCAUAUAGCUACCAGGGUAUCGAAGUUAACCAUGCAAAGCAAAUGUGCAAAGAUAUAGUGCUCUUAGGAAACACAAACGAAUCAUUACUACUCAUGAAAGUGCAAGUUUGGAGAUUCUUUGACAAGCAUAACCUGGAACUGUGAAAUGAUUUUGAAUGAAAAUUAAAAAAAAAAAUCAUACCAGCUGAACGAUCGUGUUGACCAUAAUAUCUCAUCUAUGAUGAGGUAUGUAUGUUAAAAUAAUGAUAUAGUCAUUCGUUUGUACUGUUUUUUCACCAUUGUAUGAAAACUGCUGCUCGAUAAUAUACUGCUGAAACUGCUGUUUAUAUAAAUAUAUGAAUAUGCAUAUAUGUUUUGCAUCAUCAAUGAUAUACUUUCUUAUUUUUUUUAUUUUUUUUUUCUGUGUCAAGUUUAUGAUCAUUCAGAAAGCAUACAUGUGCAUGAACAAUCAUGUAUAUGUUUUAUCCUAUAUGUGAACACAAAAUGUUGUAAAUAUAAAAAUAAGUAAAUUUCAAAUGUAGAUUUCCAUGAAAAAAAAAAUUGUACCUGUAUAUUCAUCUGAUUUUUAAGAAAGAGAAAUAAAAACAAAUUUUCAUGAAAAUCUGUCUCGUUAGCCACUUGUAAGAUUUUCAUGAAAAUUUACCUGAUGGUUUUUAUUGAUAAACUUUUUAGGUAUGCAAAAGUCCUUCUGAACAUGAGCAUGCCGGAGAUUUAGAAUUGAAAUUUCUAUCAAAGUUUGUAACUUUACUUAGUACUGUUCGUUAGCCGCCUUAGUAAGUGCCUGAUCUUGAGUUUAGUACCUGACUUGGCUGUUGUAUUUCUCAAAAAA